UCCAAACAAUACCUGACCGUCCAUACAAUCGACAAUGCCCAUCCAUCGCAGAUCUUUGCGCUCGCCACGACGCCAAAAGGCGUAUUCUCAGCAUCCGGCGGCGAGGCAAUAAAGUUCCACAGCGCCGCCGCAGAUGCGACCGGCGCCUCAACGUUCUCUUCCUCCGAGAUCCCCAAAGCCCACCGCAGCGGUUGCCACCACCUCGCGGCGGGUGCCGGUGGGCCGGGCAAGGUGCUCGCGUCGGCAGGGUUCGGGCAUGAGGUCAAGGUCUGGGUGCAGCAGGAAGCCUCGGGGGAGUGGCAGGAGCACGGCACGGUGAGCCCGUGGGGCUCUGGACCGUCUGCCGCAAAGGUGUGGGCCAUCGCGCUCAAUGGCGACGAGCAGUUCCUGGCCUGCUCAUCCGAGGUCGGCAAGGUCGCUGUGUGGGACAUACCGGCCGGCAGAGCGGUGCAUCUGUAUGAGACUGCGUCGGAGGGCCAGGGCAGCUUCGGCAUGAGCGUGGACAUAAGUCCAGACGGCAGGUUGACAGCCAGCGGGCACCAGAAUGGCACCGUCUACGUCUUCAACAAUGACUCGGGACGACUAGUCUAUUCUUUGACGGGUCUCUCAAAACCCAUCCGAUCCGUCAAGUUCUCCCCCGGCGGCACCCGACUCGCCACCGCGGGCGACGCCGGCAUCAUUGCCAUCUACGACACCCAGAACGGCGAGCACGUUAGCAACCUCUCGCCCUCGGGCCCCUCGGGUCCUUGGAUCAUGUCGCUCGACUGGAGCCACACGGGCGAGUACCUCCUCUCGGGCUCGUUCGACGGCCGCGUCCGCGUCUGGUCCAUCGAGGCCAGCACCUGCGUCGCCACGCACUCGGAGAGCGAUGAGACAAUCUGGGCCGUCAAGUGGCUGCCCAAGCCGGCAGGCAACCCCAGGGCCGCAGAGAGCUUCUGCGCCGCGGGAGCGCGAGGCAGCAUCACGUUCUACAGGGAGGCUAGUGGAAGCUAG